AUGUUAAAGGAUAAUCGAUUUCAUGUUACAGUACCUAGCUUCGGUUAUAGACAUGUUUCGUAUUCUGCUACUUUAAGCUCAACUACAAUAUACACUCCUUUGGAUAUGUGGUCAUGCGGGUGUAUAAGUCUGCGUUAUAUAUUUCCAAAGAAACCACAAUGCACAACACUUUGGCUUAAGUAUUGCAUGAAGGAAUAA